AUGAGAAUUCUUUUGCUCUUCUUGAGCAUUUUGGCUUUUGGCGCUCACGCCGAGGCUGCAAAAGCUUCUACGGAGAACUUUAUCUCAUCAAUCUGGGAUGAUUUCAAACAUGCGGUCGAUUGUGGUAGCUGUCAGGCUCUCUUGGGUGGCCUCAAGCUUGUCUCUGGGUUUGGCGAGGGCUUCAUGAUCGACGUCUUCAUCGGCGUAUGCAAGCUCAGUGGCGUUGAGGACCCAGAUGUCUGCCGUGGAAUCAUCGAGAAAGAAGGCCCUGCCCUUCAUGAUGCCUUCCAGAAUUUGCAUAUUGGGUCUCAUGCCACCAGGACUAUGUGCGCUAGUCUGAUUGGACUCUGCCAAUACCCCGAGGUUCGCUCACACUCAUUGGAGUUCCCUUCAUCCAAGCCGGAAACUACUAGACCACCGCCCAGUGGCAAGCCGCCCAUUAAGGUUGUUCAUUUCAGUGACACACACGUGGAUCUCUUCUAUGAAACCGGAGCCAGCUACGAAUGUACCAAACCCAUCUGCUGCAGGGUCUAUGAAGACAAAGAUGCCCCGGGGAUCACAAAAACCCCGUGUGGUCCAUUUGGAAACACCAAAUGUGAUCCACCGCACAUCCUUCAGGAAAGCAUGAACGCAGCCAUUGCAAAGAUCAACCCAGAGUUCUCCAUUUACACGGGCGACGUGGUAGCUCACGAUAUUUGGCUCGUUGGCCAGGCCGAAGCACUAGAAGUCUUUAAUGAUACGUACGGUCAGAUGGAAAAGGAUCUCGGUAUGGUGUACGCGGCCAUAGGAAACCAUGACACAGCACCGGUCAAUCUGUUUCCCCCAAACGAUAUCGAAAGCAAAGCCAGCGCCCAAUUUGCAUACAACGCACUCGCCGAAGACUGGUAUGCACUCACAGGCAUUCCCUCCGUCAAGUCUGCAAAUGAAUUCGGGUCGUAUUCAGCCAUGCAUCCAAACAGCAACCUGCGCAUCAUCUCUUACAACAGCAUCUUCUACUACAAUUUCAACUUCUACAUGUACCAAGACCCAAUGGAAACAGAUCCAAACGGCCAAUUCGAAUGGCUCAUCAAGGAACUGCAAUCCGCCGAAGACGCAGGCCAGCGCGCAUGGCUAAUCUCACACAUCCCACCCGGCCUCACAGAUCAUUUCCGCGAUUAUUCCCAAUACUUCGACCAGAUCCUGCAGCGAUACGAGGCAACAAUCGCAGGUCUCUUCUACGGACAUACACACAUGGACGAAUUCCAAAUCGCAUACUCGGACUACAACAAGCGCAAUGCGGACACCGCAACUGCAAUGGCAUACAUCGCCCCAUCCAUGACACCAACUUCAGGCCCACCCUCCUUCCGUGUCUACGAGAUUGAUCCCGUCACAUACGGCGUUUUGGACUUUACCCAAUACAUAGCCAACAUCAGUGAUCCGUCCUACCAGACAGAUCCGGAAUGGGUCCCCUACUACUCCGCCAAAGCAGCCUAUGGCUCAAAGCUUUCUCCUCCCUUGACAGAUCCAAAAGCAGAACUCACUCCUGCCUUCUGGCACAAUGUGACCGUCGCCAUGGAAAGCGAUUCCUCCAUCUUCCAAGAUUUCUGGGCGAGACGCAAUCGCGGAUGGAACGUUGCCACUUGUACAGGCGAAUGUGUGGAGAAGGAGCUCUGCAUGCUUCGGGCUGCGGAUGCACAGCAUAACUGUCAUGAGCCGGAGCCUGGUCUUAAUAUCUCUAUCAAUAAGCGGGAUCAAGCCUCUGGGGAUGCUUCAUUGGAGAAGGAGAAGAUCUCUGGUCCUGAGUGUGACCAUGCUGGGAUGGGGUCGCUUUUGGGAAAGAUUGCCUAUCGUGCAAGGGUUGUGCGUGAGGCUGAGGAGAGAGGUUUGGCUAGCUCUGAUGCUUGA